UCACAACUUCCUAGCCUGUGUCAUGUUCUCGUUUGGUUAAUUUAUCACAAUUUCAGCUGAACUCAACCAUAUUGGUUGUACUUGUAAUACUAUUUUGGACAAUUUUUUGAACGUGAAAGUAUUUUAUAUAUUAGUUAUCUUUGGUUUACGUAUUAAAUUUUAUAAAUUAAAUAAAACAUUAAAUUAAAGUUGUAGUUAUAUAAAUUUUCUCAAAAAAAAGACAUGGAACCGUUCAAGGUACCUAAAAAAAUUAACAGACACGUUCUAAAAGCCAUCGACUUCCUUCAAACUUCCCGAACUGAUCUUGUGUCCAUUGCUGCAAUACAAGACCGAGUGAAGCAUUCACUUCGAUACACCAAGCAUGUAGAAAACUUGGAGGAUGUGGUGAUUGACUCUUUGAAACGCCAGACAGAGUUGGGAAUCAUAACACGAAAAGGAUCCUCUGUGUAUACAAUGGCAUUUGGAUUUCCAGGACUCCAUUCGAAGAAAGUCAACCGCCACGUCCUCAAAGCCCUUGAGUUCCUCCAACAAGCUGGAAACGAUAUUGUGUCGGUUGGAGAGAUACAGGAGCGUGUGAAAAAAACGAUUCGUAGAACGAAACCUGUAAACAAUCUAGACAACGUCGUUCUGGAAGUUUUGAAAACCCAAUCAGAGCUUGGCUUGAUUAGACGACUCGGUUCAUCCCAAUACGCUCUGAAUCGCGCAUUCCAGGGACUACGCUCUGUAAAGAAAGAGGCUGGUGAGCGUUGCAACGACUCCUUGACUGUAAACGAAAUAGCCGGUGUUCGCAAGAUUUUGCUUAAAGCAAAAAACCGCCAAAUUCAGAGAAAGCCACGAGUAGUGAGACCAAAACCUGGUACUGUCAAAACUGAAACAUCUCCUGGAAACGCACCGGACAUUAUAUGUGAGAACCUAUAUAUGAUGGACCGCCCUUUACAUGGUAUGAAUACAGAGGAAAUAUUAAAAUAAUAAAGUAAGAAACGGGAACUUGCGAAAAUGUUUAAAAUCACGCUGAACGGGAGCAAUAAAAUCUCAGUUUUCUGACGGACUUAGAAUCGGUUACGCAGUUCCAGUCAAGCCUGUUGACGUUUAAAAAAAGUAGCAACAAUUAUAAUUACAAACAGCCAAGCUCUGAUCAAACUUUAAAUCUCGACUCGCCAUGUUCCUAGUUCCCAAAUUUCCCUCGAGGCUUCAGGCUGUUGUCAGGCUCAUCUGUUUCAAUUGGUUGUAGAUCAGAAAAUAAAAAACAAGCGAAAUUGUUUUCAAAGUGGUUCUCACAUCAAA